UAUUAUAAAAAAAUUUUUAUACCAAAAAGUUUAUCAGCAUGUUACAAUUACAAUAUAUAUAUUAUGGUACUAUUACCGUUUCAAAAAUUUAAAAUUAUAAAAUAAAAACCCACAAGACAUCAAGAGCAUCAAAACAUCAAUAAUUAUUAACAUAUACAAUGAAAGAGUUACAAUAUAAGCAUAUAAACUCCACAUAAGGACAAAAAAUAAGUGUUCAUGUGUUCAUUUAUACCACAAUGGUUUUAGUGCGAUAUAUACAUACAAUGGCGUCGUUCGCGGCGCAAGCAGCGCUCCGGUCAAGGUGGAGUUCGCUCAUAGAGUCUACCAGUGUGGAUGUUCCUGGGGAGGUGACCGAUGGUGUCCGAUCGGUUGUUGGAUGGUUGAAACAGGCGUCCUUAGAAGUGCGGCAAGUGGGCAGGCGUGCGGUCAGUCAGCUCUCCGGCCGUGGUAUGGGGGACGACGUGGUCAUCAUACACUUCAACGAUGUGUAUAAUAUCGAACAGACUACUCACAUCGAACCAGUGGGCGGUGCCUUAAGGUUUAGUACAGCAGUCAAAGGUCUGCAGCAUCUCAACCCUUUAGUAUUGUUCAGCGGAGAUGUCUUCUCGCCGAGUAUGCUCAGCACGUUCACAAAAGGAGAGCAAAUGGUACCCGUAUUGAACGAGAUAGGCACGCAUUGCGCGGUUUUUGGAAACCACGAUUUUGAUUUUGGUCUAGACAUCCUGUCAGGGUUGGUAGCGCAAUGCAGCUUUCCGUGGCUGAUGUCGAACGUGAUAGACAAUGAGACAGGGAGGCCGCUGGGCGACGGUAAGAUAACCCAUGCACUUAUAUGCAAUGGACACAAGAUUGGACUCAUUGGCCUCGUAGAACAGGAAUGGCUCGAUACAUUAGCAACAAUAAACCCAGAAGAAGUGACAUUUAUCGAUUUCUUACAAGCGGGUUCAAAGUUGGCGUCACAACUCAAAGAAGAGGGCUGCGAGUACGUCAUAGCGUUAACACACAUGCGCACGCCGAACGACGUGAAGUUAGCGGAGGGUUGUAACAAAAUCGAUCUGAUAUUGGGUGGACAUGACCAUGUUUAUGAAGUUUUAGAGGUAAACAACAAAUACAUCGUCAAAAGCGGCACAGACUUCCGUCAGUUCAGUCAGAUAAAUAUAAACUUCGCCGGUGACUCUGCUCGCGUCGAUAUAUCUGAGGUUAAUGUGACGAGUCAGUAUCCCGAGGAUCCGGUGUUGAAGGCGAAAGUGGAGAAAUAUUCAGGUAAGAUACAAUCUUAG